CAAAGCUCUCCCGCUGACAUUUAUGACGGUGUACAAAAAAAAAUAUGUUUUGUGGUUAUAAUAAGUGAAUAAUCGUGGUUAAAUAAUUUUGCUUCUACAUAUUUAAACAGAAUGAAGUGUUUGAUAUUUACAUGUGUUUUUAUUGUGUUAAGUGAGACAGUUUUUGCUGAAUUUAGUUCAGAUGACUGCUGGGCGUUAGGUUUUAAUAAAGCUAAUUUGCUUUGUUCGUCUUGUGAUCAAUUACCUAAGUUUAAUUUAGAUAUACUAAAAGAUCAUUGCAGGGAAUGUUGUCAUCCGGACGAAAAUGGAACCUCCGAGAAAGUAUACCAUAAAGCCGUUCUCGAGGUAUGCACUUGCAAAUUUGGUGCGUAUCCUCAAAUUCAAGCCUUUAUCAAGAGUCAUCGUCCAGCUCAGUUCCCCAAUUUACAAAUAAAGUAUGUUAGAGGCUUAGAUCCAAUUAUUAAGUUAUACGAUAAGGACGGUCACUUGCAAGAAACCGUCGCCAUAGAAAAAUGGAACACUGAUUCCGUUGAAGAAUUUUUGAAAACUCAUUUAGAAGAUGAUGAUUAUUUAAGAACAAACAUGGUGUGAACGUGUCAUGAAGCUUUCUAAUAAAAAUUAUGUUUUUUA